UCCGCACGCCGGGCUACCCCACGCCGUCGCACUACGAUAGAACCCUAGAUUUUUCCAGGCUCUCUAAUCCUGUCCCAGCGGUCCUCGGGCGGUCCUGUCGCCCGAUCUGCUCAAGCCGCGCCGGAGUCCUCCACCGCUCAGAACCGCCGCGCGAUGGACGGCGAUGGGCGGAUUGUUCACCAGGUCAUCAGCGCAUGGCGCGUGGAGGAUGGCGGGCAGAACCGCCUCACGGAGAACGGCGGGCCGAUUGCCCCCCAGGUCAUCAGCGCAUGGCGCGUGGAGGAUGGCGUGCAGAACCGCCUCACAGAGAACGGCAGACCGAUUGUCCCCCAGCCCCAGGUCAUCAGCGCAUGGCGCGUGGAGGAUGGCGGGCAGAGCCGCCUCACGGAGAACGGCAGACCGAUUGUCCACCAGGUCAUCAGCGCAUGGCGUGUGAAAGAUGGCUCUCAGAAAGGAGAGAUGCUCAACAACUCGAAGUACAACUAGGAGAUUUUUCUUCUCCUAAAAUAGGGUUUAGUUGGUAGUUGCCGAAUAAAUAGAACUUCUCUGUUUACGGCGAACUCAAAAGGGUUAUUAUCUUCAGUUUCAUGUACAUCCACAGCUAGGGCUUAGGGCUACCAUAACAACGGACACAUCCACAAGCCAUCUGAAUGGAGUCUCCUAGUUCUGAUGAUGAACACCAAACUGACGAUCAAAAGUUAUAGCUGCACUUUGUUUGUGUGCUUGUUUUUUAAGCACUAAAAUUGGUCCUUAGUUUAAUUUCCUUCA